UUUUCUUUUCUUUUCUUUUCUUUACCAACUUCGUCCAGCCAGCAAGUGUUUCUGGGUUUUCAAUAGUACCGAGUGGAGCCUGGUUCCGAGUCGAUGUGAACAAGACAAGAUGGCGGAAUACAAGGGAGCUUCACGUGAAGGACAAAGGGCUCAGGCCUUGUUAAAAAAGAGAGAAAAGAUGAAAGAAGACAUGGAAGCUAUGAAAAAGAAGAUAUCGGAGAAAAAUAAAGUAGGAGACAUCACCAGCAAGUUUUCUUCCCAGUACGAUGUGGUUGAACAGCGGCUUAAGGAGAGUACAAUAGGUUUGAUGACUCUUGACGAGAUGAAAGCCAGAAGAGAUACCUUGGUCAAGGAACAUGAGAAACACUUGGCUGCCAAGCUCAAGUCUGAUGAACAAGAAAACAAGAAAUCCAAAAGAGAAAAGAAAAGAGAAAUGCAAAAGCAAGCAGCGGCAUUAUCAUUUGGACUUGAUGAAGAAGAGGAAGAAGAAAUUGUAGAUAUACCAAUAAAAAAGAAAAAACUGGGGAAAAAUCCUGAUGUUGAUACCUCAUUUUUACCAGACAGGGAAAGAGAGGAAAUGGAAAGAAUAGAAAGGGAACGUCUUGGACAGGAAUGGAUUGAAAAGCAAGAAAAAAUUAAAAAUGAAGAUAUUGAAAUAACUUACAGCUACUGGGAUGGUUCAGGUCACAGAAGAACUACAAAGAUGAAAAAGGGCAAUAGCAUUUCACAGUUUCUACAAAAAUGCAUUGAAGAACUACGAAAAGAUUUCACAGAAUUCAGAGCUGUUACCACAGAAAACCUAAUGUACAUAAAAGAAGAUCUUAUUAUACCACAUCAUUACACAUUUUAUGAUUUCAUCAUCAACAAAGCACGAGGAAAAAGUGGUCCACUGUUCAGUUUUGAUGUACAUGAAGAUGUGAGGAUGAUUAAUGAUGCAACAGUUGAAAAAGAUGAGUCUCAUGCAGGUAAAGUUGUGCUUCGUACUUGGUAUGAAAGAAAUAAACACAUCUUUCCAGCCAGUCGAUGGGAGCCUUACGACCCUGAGAAAAAAUGGGACAAAUACACGGUAUCUGAUAUUGACACGCCCAAGACAACAUAAUAAACAGCUGAAUAGGUCAGGUACAGAAUAAAGCGUCUUAAAAAACAUGCAUCAUGGCAGUGAUUAGAAACCAAAUGUAUCCACCUUUUUGAAGGAGAUUCUGAGACGAAAUGUAUAUUUUAUAACGUUCAAUAAAAAGGGCUUCGUGCAAACGCUCA